AUGGCUCAGAAAGGAGUUCAGCUAGAAAAAGAAACCAUCUCUUGUUCCAUCUGUCUGGAUCUACUGAAGGAUCCGGUGACUAUUCCCUGUGGACACAGCUACUGUAUGAACUGUAUUAAAACCCACUGGGAUGAAGCGGAUCAGAAGGGAAUCCACAGCUGUCCUCAGUGCAGGAAAACGUUCAUACCGAGGCCUGUCCUGGAGAAAAACAUCCUGUUAGCAGAGUUAGUGGAGGAGCUGAAGAAGACUGGACUCCAAGCUGCUCCAGCUGAUCACUGCUAUGCUGGACCUGAAGAUGUGGCCUGUGAUGUCUGUACUGGGAGGAAGCUGAAAGCCAUCAAGUCCUGUCUGGUCUGUCUUGUUUCUUACUGUGAGAAACACCUCCAACCUCAUUAUGAGUCUUCUACUUUUAAAAAACAUAAACUAGUUGAGGCUUCCACUAAACUCCAGCAGCUCAUCUGUGCUCGUCAUGAUGAGGAGAUGAAGAUUUUCUGUCGUACUGAUCAGCAGAGUAUCUGUUAUCUCUGCUUAAUGGAUGAACAUAAAGGACAUGAAACAGUCUCAGCUGCAGCAGAAAGAGCUGAGAAGCAGAAGGAGCUGGAGGUGAGUCGACAACAAAUCCAGCAGAGAAUCCAGGACGGAGAGAAAGAUGUGAAGCUGCUUCAACAGGAGGUGGAGGCCAUCAAUGGCUCCGCUGAUAAAACAGUGGAGGACAGUGAGAAGAUCUUCACUGAGCUGAUCCGUCUGAUCCAGAUAAGAAGCUCUGAUGUGAAGCAGCAGAUCAGAUCCCAGCAGGAAACUGAAGUGAGUCGAGUCAAAGAGCUUCAGGAGAAGCUGGAGCAGGAGAUCACUGAGCUGAAGAGGAAAGACGGCGAGCUGGAGCAGCUCUCACACACAGAGGAUCACACCCAGUUUCUACACAACUACCCCUCACUGUCAGCACUCAGUGAGUCUACACACUCAUCCAGCAUCAAUAUUCAUCCUCUCAGAUACUUUGAGGAUGUGACAGCAGCUGUGUCAGAGACCAGAGAUAAACUACAGGACAUCCUGACAGAGAAAUGGACAAACAUCUCACUGGCAGCCACUGAAGUGGACGUUUUACUGUCUGAACCAGAACCAAAGAGCAGAGAUGACUUCCUAGAAUAUUCAAGACAAAUCACACUGGAUCCAAACACAGCACACAAGCUCCUGUUAUUAUCUGAGGGAAACAGAAAAGUAACAAAAAUGAAUCAACAACAGUUUUAUUCUAGUCAUCCAGACAGAUUCACUUAUUACAGUCAGGUCCUGAGCAGAGAGAGUCUGACUGGACGUUGUUACUGGGAGGUGGAGUGGAGAGGAAUGUUUGUCUAUGUAGCAGUCGCCUACAAGAACAUCAGCAAGGCAGGAGAUUCCUAUGAAUGUGCUUUUGGAUUGAACAACAAAUCUUGGUCAUUACAAUGUGAAACAAACAGUUACACAUUUUGGCACAACAGAGUCCAAACUCCAGUCUCAGGUCGUCCUUCCUCCAGAUUAGGAGUGUAUCUGGACCACAGAGCAGGUAUUCUGUCUUUCUACAGUGUCUCUGAAACCAUGACUCUCCUCCACAGAGUCCAGACCACAUUCACUCAGCCGCUUUAUGCUGGACUCUGGAUAGGAUUUAAAACCACUGCUGAGUUCAUUUAAUAGAGAAACUACUGCAGCUUCAGGCAGGUUGUGUUUAGUCAUGAUGGAUUUUUUUCUGUUUUCUUUCAUUUUCUUCAAAGAGCCGUAACAUCUUAAAUAUUGUAAAGUUUAUUAAAUGCCUGAAACCCAAACUCAACAAACAGAAGCAAUCUGCAUAUUAACUUUUAACAUCAAGAAACGUGUAGAGUUGAAACAAAAACAGAUUUUAGUUAAACUUUCAAAAGUGUUUCUAAUGAACUUCAUGUCAAACCCAAAAGUUUAAAACAAAGAGUUAAAAUAAAGAACUGGCCUCACUGCUCCAGUAACUUUGGGGUAGACUGAAUGUUAAGAUAAAAUACAUUUUCCUUCAUUAAAAUAUCAAAGAAUUAUAUCAGUUAAAUCAAUUAAUACAACUUUAUAUGUUCAGUUAUGAAUAUUUAAUCAAUCUUGUUGUAGUGUUUUUUAUUAUUUUGUGGAUUUAAUUGAUUGUUUUUGGCUAAAUAAAAUGUUGAAGUAAAUUUGCUAAAUUGUCAGUUUGAACUGUUUUCUGUUCUUUCAGACAUUUUUAAAGCUGCUCAACUACAAAGAUUUGUUCUUUUUUCUGUGUAAAAUAUUUUUAAAAAAUCUAUUAUUUUAAUUCUAAUGAUCAUGAUGGACAUAAUUUCAACAUUUUACCAGUGAAAAUACAAAAUAAAUAUUUGUUUUCUGCAGCUGCUGUAAAGGACACAUCUGCUGGUUUGGGAUUAAAAUGUGUUUUAAAAAGAAACAAACUUAAAGCUGUUAGAAUAAUACAGCGGCAAAUAUUCACACAUGUGGAUGGUUGUACAAACUUUAUUUGCACACAGUGAAUAAAUCCUGUAAUAAACAAAGGUCCAUCGGAGCUGCUGCUCCAGGAUUCUUCCUUCUCCGCCAGGACCUCAGCACACCUCUGCAGGUAAAGACAGAGUGAUUACCGGUGUUUGUCCACCACCAAGUCUCAGUUUUUGUAUUAAAACAUGAAAGUUAAUAUACAGCUAAUUAUCUAUUUGCUUAACAUUAGAAUGAACUAAUUUAAUGACGGAAACUCAAAAUAAGGAUCUGUUAUUUACUGUCUGUCAGCUGUAGUACCAUCAGAUGAGUCCUAGAUGGCAGUAAAAUACAACGUAGGACAUAAUGAGUUUCAAGACCUGCAAUGUUUAGUGUGUCAUUGUUUAAAUUGGAUUUUUUCUAGAGAGACUGAAAAAGGCUGACUAUUUUUUUUCCAAGUCCGAUGCUG